GGCGACGAGGGCGUCUCCGAGCAGCCGAUGGACAAUGCUACGUGCCCCCUACGCAGUACAACAUCCAGAGCCCACUACCAAGCGGGUAAUUUGCCUGAUUUUCUCCGGAAAGGGGGAUGAGUAGCCGGGACAUGUGCCUUGAGCCAAAGUCCAGAUGGGUCUGCCAUCUGCCGUUGUGCCGUGCCGGCAGGCGAUGUGCGAGCCGUCGCACCUCGGCGGGCUCCAAAAACACAUAAUGCGGAGUCAAGGCGACGCGGACGCCGUGCGGCGACAAUGAACCGAUGUGAAACAAUCCCGACAUCGUGCAAACGCAUACUUGAACUUCCUCAGUCGCAUAGGAAGUACAGCAUAACGAGCUCUGUGUCAUAUAAACGCCUUUAUCUGGGCCAUAUAGAAGCAUACAGACGCCCUCGGAAACGAGAACAAACGUCCACUUGCAAAGCUCCAGGUCAACGCCAUCAUGACAUCUAGCGCACUUCCCUGUCAUGCCGACCACAUCGGGUCCCUCAUACGGCCAGAAUCCUUAACCAAACUGCAGGAACGCGCCGAUGCGGGUGAGAUCACUCUGGCUGAGCUCCGCGAGGGCCAGCGCGCCACAAUCGCCGACAUCGUGCGCAAGCAGCAGGACGAGGGCGUGCGCGCGGUCACCUCGGGCGAGUUCGAUCGCAAGUACUACUUCUCGGGCUUCUUCGAGAAACUCGAUGGCUUCCGCGAGGUCAGCCCCGUACCGUGGGAGCUCGCCCGCCUGUCCGCACCACCCAUCGCGGCGCUCAAGAAGGCCGGGCAGCAGUACCCGAUGGCCGCCGUAUGCGAGGGCAAGAUCGGGUACCGCGCGAGCCCGUACCUCGACAACUGGCGCAUGCUGAGGGACUCGGUCCCGCGCGAGCGCUGGGCCGAGUGCAAGUUCACGAUGCCGCCCCCGUGCUACUUCCACCUCCGCCUGGCGCCAGGGAAAUGCUACAGCGCCGAGGCGUACGCAAACGACGAGGAUUUCUUCGCGGACCUUGCGGCGGCGUAUAGGAAGGAGCUCCGGACGCUGUACGAUGAGGGUCUUCGAAAUGUCCAAAUCGAUGACCCGACGCUGGCGUAUUUUUGCUCAGACGAGAUGCGCGAGUCGCUCCGGAAGGAAGGCGUGGACCCUGAUGCCCUGUUCGAAGUAUACCUCAAGGCGCACAAUGACUGCAUUGCGGACCGCCCAGCAGGUCUACAUGUUGGACUUCACAUUUGCCGGGGCAACUUUUCCAAGUCGAUGCACUUUAGCGAAGGCUCAUAUGAGAAGAUUGCGCAGCGCUUCUUCGCGACGCUCCACCACGACACCUUCUUCCUCGAAUAUGACAACCCGCGCUCUGGAGGCUUCGAGCCGCUCCGCUUCCUCCCCGAGGGCAAGAACGUCGUGCUCGGAGUCGUAACGACCAAGGACCCCGCCCUUGAGGAUGCCGAGACGAUCAAGGACCGGGUGCGACAGGCGGCCCGCAUCAUGGCCGAGGGACAGGGACGCUCCGUCCGCGACGUGAUGAGAAGCGUCGGCAUCAGUCCGCAGUGCGGGUUCGCGAGCGUGGCGGUCGGAGCGGAGGGCAUGACGGAGGAGAGGAUGUUUGCGAAGCUGAGGCUCGUCCGGCAGGUGGCCAAGGACCUGUGGCCAGACGAUUGAAAUACGUACGUACGUACGAAGUAGUGGUACUCGCAUAUGGGCGAUGGCGUGGCGGUCAGCCAUAGCAGCCACAGACACACUCCUGAGGAGUAUACGACCACGAAUGCCCAGAUUAAGGAGCUGACAUGGCUCGUCUUGGAUACAAGGCGCAACCGUCCCGUCCAAACAUUGAAG